AUGCAUAUCACCAAAAAGUUUGAUCGCGCCUUCCAAUGGGCUGGCGAAAAGAUGGGUGGCGAAGCCCGAACCUCGCAUAACGAGGAGUUCAGGACUCUCGAGGCUGACAUGAAUGUUCGCAAUCAUGGCACCGAACGUCUCCAAAAGUCGAUGAACCUCUACGUCCGCUGGCUCGGCCGCCGCUGCGACCCUCUCGAGGACAGGGACCGCACCACCCCGACCGCCCUCUUCGGCCGUACCAUGGCCGCACAUGGCGAAGAGUACGAGGCUGACUCUCAGCUCGGCAACAGCCUGGUCGCCGUCGGCCAGGCUAAUGAGCGCAUCGCGUCCAUUCAAGAAUCCUUCCUUGAACAGGCUAAUGCCACCUGGGGCGGCAGCCUCGAGCAGAGGGCUGCCAUGAUGAAAGAGUACCAGACUGCCCGCAAGAAGCUUGAGAGCCGUCGCCUUGCCUACGAUGCCAGCAAUGCCAAAAUGGAAAAAGCUAGGCGCGACGACUUCCGCGUCGAAGAGGAAGUUCGCAACAACAGGACCAAGUUCGAGGAGUCGAGUGAUGAUGUGUUGCAGCGCAUGCAGGAUAUCAAAGAAGCUGAGAGUGACGGUGUUGCCGCCCUCAACGAGUUUCUCGAUGCCCAGCUCGAGUAUCACGAGCGUUGCGCUGAGGAGCUUCGUCGUGCUCGCGACACCAUCUCGGGCGCUGCCAACUAUUCUUCGUCGCGCUCCCAGGAACCCCCUGUACCGCGCCCUCGCGCCGGCUCGCGCCCUAUCGCUCCCUCUCGUUCCAACUCACGGCAGGAUGCCCGUUCCAUUGCCACCUACGACGAACCGCAGCAGUCCGAGCAUUGCGAACCUGGACCGCCUGCCCCGCCUGCUCCACGCGUAGCUGCACGCCGCCCCUCAGCUCCGCCGCAGCCCCCCCGACCUGUGAUAUCGAGGGCAGCCACAGCUCCCCGCACAGCCGCAGCCGCCCCUCUUCCAGUUUCCAAAGUGCGAGGAGAUGCCUCGUACCUUCGAGGCGGUGACGAUGUAUUUGCGGACGACACAUCCACAGCUAGUGGCAGCGGGAGCCCUAACUACGGCGGCCAGACUCUCAGCCCCGCCACCAGCUACGGCAGCCUGAGCCGCAGCCUUGGGCCUGGUGUCGGUGGUGCCAAGGUACCGCCGCCCGUCAACCGUGCCAAAAAGCCUGCCCCUCCGCCAGUCCCUACCCGCAAGGAGAACCUCGGCUUUUGA